UCUACCUCCACACGGGUCCUUUAAGCUAACGCUAAUGCUAGUUAGCUACGUACGCAGUCGGUUGAUGAAACGGAGAUGACACCGGUGGUUUAUUUUUGCUGAGAAUGAGCUCAAAACAUGUCAGGGAUGAUCUGAUGGUAACAUCUGGCUGCUUUGACAUCUUUCUGCAUCAUCCCAGCUCUGUUGGAUAGAGGAACGCUUCCACAUCUGCGAAGAGCUGUUGUCAUCCCCACUCUGAACCUAUCAGAGACCCUUCAUUCAUAGAUCUGAAACAGAAAACAUCUUCUGCCUCCUUCCAAAAAGAGACAAUGUAUUGCCUUCAGUGGCUGCUCCCCGUGCUGCUCAUCCCCAAGCCGCUGAACCCAGCUCUGUGGUUCAACCACUCCAUGUUCAUGGGGUUCUACCUGCUCAGCUUCCUGCUGGAGAGAAAGCCCUGCACCAUCUGUGCCUUGGUCUUCCUGGCUGCCCUCUUUCUCAUCUGCUACAGUUGCUGGGGCAACUGCUUCCUUUACCACUGCCAGGAUGCUGCACUCCCGGAUGCUGCCCACGACCCAGCCAUUGUUGGGACCUAGGAGAAGAGGAGCAGCAGCACCAGGAAGUGGAGGUGGAGGGAGCAGGAGUAUAAGGCAAUGCUGAGAAAUUAUUGUAGAAAGAUACUGCCAUGCUUAGAGUGGUGAAAAUUGCUGGAGGGGAAUACCAAGAGUGUUCAGCCAAAGACAAACUAAAGAAGAAGAGCUGGUCUUGGAGGGUUAUGAACGCUGUCUUUUCUUUUUUCUUUCUUAAUGCUGUAAAGAAGAAUUUGAGGAAUGGGAAAGGGUGCCAGAGGUCACAUUAUGUGUCCUAUUAUCUAACAGGCAGCAAAGGCGAGGGAUCCAAACUUGAAAUGAAAAGGGAAGGACAUGCAUGAACUUGACUUGAUGCUGAGGGAAAAAUAAUUUCACAUUGACCAACUUUCAUUCCAGCACAUGAAUGAAAAAUAAAAAAAGUAUACAGUAUAAACUACAUGUGACAUUAACUUAAAGUCACAGGGGUGGGUGCUUUGCAUUAUGCUAACUUGUCUGUUCCUUGUGUCUUAGCUACUGACAAACGGAGGAUGGGAGAGAAAGCUGCUCAAAACCUCUGACUGAGGUUUUUAUAGUGGGAUGGAAAAUCCUCCAUGAUGGCAGAGGAGGAAAGAUUUCUGGGUGAAGGGAAGUGAGAGGAUGCAAGGAAACGUAUAUUAGCAUAAUGAAAAUCCCUCUCCAGUUCAGUGUUCCAAUUUAAGAGAUUUCACUUUCUCCCCAAACCCGAUUGCUCAUCUUUUUAAACUGAAAAUACUUUGCUCCUUAAAACUGCCAAAAUCACUUAACCCCUCUGAAAACUGCUAUGGCUCAACAAACUUUAUACACCAGGUAGUGUUAAACUGUAGUCAAAAACAAGAGCGUCACACCUCUGACAGCCCUGGAUGGCCAAACUGUCGCCACUUUGGCUCUGCACACGUAAUGCUCCACAAGGCGAGGACACAGACACUGGACAAUCAGUAACUACGCUGUGAAUAUGUCCCCCCUUUGCCGCACUUCUACUCAAACACACCUCAAACAGGUGAACUAGAGCUGAGGACCUACGAUGUUAUUACCCGCUGUGCUCUACAGCUGCUCCUCAUCGUCCUGCCUCAGUGUGAACCUUCCCUACUGCCAUCUGAUCUUUUUUGUUUCUGUUCUUUUUAUUUUGCAGUUUGCAUGAGUUGCUCUAAGUUUUUUUGUUUUUUUUCCCCAAGCGUCAAGGUGACACCCAAAUUUUUAACAAGUUAAAAACGCUGAAAGUUUCCAAAGGGUAAAAAAAUCUGGAUGUGUAGUUGAAUGAAAGUUUCCUGUAAUGUGCUAUGGCUGUGCAUUCUUUGUGGUCAUGACAUGCUGAUCAGUGUAAAAAUGUGGCAAUACACAAGGAGACACAACGGCUAUGGUCAGCAUUUCCAGCAACAAUGAGCAAUACAGAGUGCAGGCUGAAGAACUGGUUUAAAAAUUUCACAGGGGAUUGGAGUUUCCACAGGUGUCACUGCUGUAAGUGUUAAGUUUAGCUGUCAGACACAGGCUAAAGUGUUUAUACUCUGUACCUGUUGGAGUGUGUGUGUGUGUGUGUGUGCGCGUGUGUGUGUGGCCUCCUGUGGCAGUGCGCAUUGCAUUCACUGCAACAUAUUUGCUUUGGUUUUAAUUUAAAUAAAGUUUUCCCUCUUAUGUGUUAAACUGUGAGGUUCUGUGUCAAACAAAAAAACGUAUUUUGAUUAAAAAAUAAAUGCAAGUAAGAGUUGUGCUUUGCA